CCAGGAGAUCUAACAAACACACAACUCACCAAACUUUAGGUCUGUGGUAGUACUACUCAUCACCAAUCAGCUGCCACACAUGCAUGGCUAGAUAGCUGCAUCUUGUUGAUCCUUCAAGCAUCAAUCACCUACCGAUUUACCAACCCAUCCCUGUCCUACCACACACAUUCAAUACAUCCUCCCCCAAAAAAGUACACAACACACAAUCAACAACACAACCUAAAAGUACAAAACACCAACAAAUUGCAAACAACCAAACAAAUCGCAAUGCAUCAUAUCAUUGCAUAAUCACAACAACACACCACUAAUCUAAAGCAAAGUGAAAAAGAAAAGGAGACACUAGCAACUUAGCUUAGCUUAGCUAGUGCAAGAAGAAGAGGUGCAAUGGCGAGCCCCAUGCACGCGCGGAGGGCGAAGCUGAAGAGCCAGCUGGUGUCGGCCAAGGCCAAGCUCAAGCACCAUGUCACGCCGCGCCGCCUCCUCCUCCUCUCCGCCGCCGCCGCCUCCGCCUUCCUCCUCCUCCUCACCCUCCGCACCCUCUCCGCCGCCGCCGCCAACACCUCCUCGCCGGCGCCCGUCGUCGUCCACCGCUCGCAGCAGCAGCAGCGGGACGAUCAGUGUGACCGUGUCCCGGCGGGCGUGGCGGAGGCGCUGGUCCACUACGCGACGUCGAACGCGACGGCGUGGGGGCGGGGGAGGAGGAGGUCCGCCGAGGAGGUGGCGGCGACGGCGCGGGCGGUGUCGCGGCGGGCGCCGUGCAACCUGCUCGUGUUCGGGCUCGGCCACGGCGCCGCGCUCUGGGCGGCGCUCAACCACGGCGGCCGCACGGUGUUCCUCGAGGAGGACGACGCGCUGGUGUCCGGCGCCAGCCCGGCCAGCCUCGCCAUCGAGGCCUACCGCGUCGCCUACCUCGCCAGCGCCGCCGACGCCGACGAGCUCCUCGCCCUCCGCGACUCCGAGCACUGCACCGGCGCCGCCGCCACCCAGCUCUCGCCGGGCCACUUCGACCGCUCGCCGUGCAAGCUCGCCGUGCGCGGCCUCCCCGCGGCGUUCUACGAGGCGGAGUGGGACGUGAUCGUGGUCGACGCGCACGCGCCGCCGCCGCCGACGACGACGGCGAUGAUGGGCGCGAUAUACACCGCGGCGGUGGCGGCGCGGGCGCGGCGGCCGGCGGCGGAGACGGAGACGGACGUGGUGGUGCACGACGUGGACAAGCCGGUGCAGGACAGGUUCUCGACGGCGUUCCUGUGCGGCGGCUACCUCAAGGAGGGGGUUGGCAACCUCAGGCGAUUCGCCAUCCCUAGCCACAAGGAAGGAAUGCCAUUUUGCCCUUGAAAUAUUUUAUUAUCAUUGGGUAAAUAUAUACCAUUUUACCAGUAAUUAAACACAUAUUAGUAGCAUAUGCAUAUUUAAAUAUUUGUAUAGGAUUUAUGUUAGAGGAAACAAUAAUAUAUUUGUAGAUUUCUUCUUCUGCUUCUUUGUGUUCCUUUUUGUUGCCAUGGUUUUUCUCAAAUCUCAACUCUUGUUGAUAACUUGAAAUGGGGACAACAUUUCGGAAUUUCAAAUUCACUGUCGAAUUUGAAGUAACUAUGAGUUAAUGACAUUUUUAUGAUCUAGGAUUCAUUUUGGUUUUA